UUGUAGAGUCCAAUGCUUCAGUGUGAGUCAGACCGACGCCUCAUCCCAACUCCAAAACCACCCUUUUUACACUAAUCUCUUUCUUCCCUUCCGCCUCUCUUUCUGUUUUAUCUCUUCAACCUUAAACCCCAACUCUAAACAGUAAAAAAGCUUCUCAUUUUUCCUUCAUCUCUGCUGCAAUGUUAAGCGACAAAAAAAAGCUGAUCCUUAACACCGUUUCAGUCAGCAUAGGCUGCAGCAGCUGCAAGAGAUCCAAGCUCGCUAGCUUUUUCAACCCCAAACCCAAAUCCAAAUCCAAAUCCAAACCCAAACCCAAAUCUAAUUUCCAAUCUCUUUACACCUCUUCUUCUUCGAGCUCUUCCAAGAAAGCAGCCACCCAUUAUUAUUUCUCGGAAACCGCCACCUCUUUUUCUCCCAGCACUGACACUCCUCGCUGCUGGGACAUGGACACCGAUGACACAGACCACGACACUAAGGGUUCAAUGUCGACUGUACGAGGUUUUGGUCGUGUCGGAGGGGAGAGUCUAGCGGUGGAGAAAGACUCCGACGACCCUUAUUUGGACUUCAGGCACUCCAUGUUGCAAAUGAUACUGGAGAAAGAGAUAUAUUCGAAAGAUGAUUUGAGAGAGCUUCUCAACUGUUUCUUGCAGCUGAAUUCGCCUUAUUACCAUGGGAUUAUUAUUAGAGCUUUCACGGAGAUCUGGAACGGGGUUUUCAACGUCAAGCCUGGUGGUGGCGGCGCCGGUGCUUCCCCAGAGCUGCAUUUUGGGUUCAGGCCACGUGACUUCUAGGUGCCGCUGUUGCUACGUUAUCUAUGGUCUCUCUUUUUUUUUUUUUUUCCUUAGCUUCAAGUACAGUGCAAUAGGUUAAUAAUAAAUUAGUUAAAUGUCUGACUAUUGCUUUUAAACGCUUGUUAAGGUAGUAUUUAAAGAAAUAUUUUCGAGUUUAAUGCAAUAGUAAGUUGUGAAUGUGAAGGCUUGGAAAUAUUUCUUUAAAUAAAAUCUUUUUAACAAGUGUGUUUAUGGCACUUUUUAACUUACUCUUCAUUAAUAUCGCGUCUCCCAACAUUAAAGGUAGAGAAAGAGAAGUAGAAUGCGUAAAAGACCCACUAAAAUAGUAUUGUGGGUCAUAUACAUGUAGAAGUUAAUAUUUGAGCUUUGGAAAUGGAAGACUGUUCUAUUAUUUACUUCUGACAAAUUGCUAAAUAUAUAAAUGAUAGUGAAGUAA